GGCUCUUCUCUUCUCCCCCCUGGCUCCGGCUUGCCUCCACCUGACUAUAAUAAGCUCAGCGGAGUCGACAGCCGAAUUCGCCACAUUCCGUCGGUACUGGAGUAGCUAGCAGGCAGCAAGAUCCAGGCACCGUCUUUCUGCUGCAGCGCCAGGCGCCAGAGAUCUCUCGGGUCCCGUGCCAAUGCAGCUCUUCCAAGGGGAGAAGCCGGCCCACGAUUUCCUCUCGCUCCACACCGGAGGCGGCUCGUCCUCGCCGGUGCAGCACUCCGCCCAAGGGUACGAUCUGGGGGUGCACACUUCGCUCAAGCCUCUCAAGCUGGGCAAGCGGCGCGGCGGCGGCAGCGGCGGCGGAGCGGUCGGCAUGGCACCGUCGGGCCUGGAGGCGGACUCGUCGGAGCACCUCCUGCCGGGCGGCGUCGGGACGUUCAGCAUCAGGCAGGCGCCGUCGACUGCCCAGCCGAGGGGGCAACCCGCUGGCCAGGUCGUCGUCGCCAGGGGCGCGUUCGCGCCCGUGCUCCAUGGCUCCAGAACGGAGGCCGCGCACGGAGCGGAGUCUGGCGCCAGGGCUCACUGUGGCCCCGCCACAACGUGGCAAGAUUCAGGCACCGAUCAAAGAUCCAGAGCGACGAGAGGGGAGGGGAGAAGCAGCGGCAGCAGCGGCGAUCAGGGGCCCAGCACGCCGAGAUCGAAGCAUUCUGCCACCGAGCAGCGGCGGAGGACCAAGAUAAAUGACAGGCUUGAAAUACUUCGUGAACUUCUGCCACACGGCGACCAGAAGAGGGACAAAGCGUCUUUCCUUCUCGAGGUUAUCGAAUACAUAAGGUUUUUGCAAGAGAAAGUCCAAAAGUACGAGUCGGCCAACCCACAAAAGAAUCACGAGGAUUCCUCCAUACCAUGGGCAAAAGUUUACUACAGAUCAUGCUGGAAAAACACAGAGAACAUUACUCAAGUCCAAGGAGGAGGAUCAUCAGCCCCCACACAAGAUAUGAACAAAGAACAGUACUGUUCCAAUAAAACUACAGUGGCGCCUACUCCUCUCUUCAGCACACAUAGUGCUGGAGAAACUAGUAUAGACGACGUUUCCUCCCAAAAGGCAACAAGCACGCCACAAAACUGGGCAGAUGACAGCACACCUAGCAAACGGUCACCAUGGUUGAGCAUGUCAACCUCUGAUUCAGACAAAAGAACACUAAGCAAGAACGAGAAACAGACUCUUCACGAGGAUACUCAUAGUCUUUCUAAUGCUUACUCUCAAGGGUUACUAAACAGGUUGACACAAGCACUAAAAAGUUCGGGAGUAGACCCAUCUCAAGCUAGUAUAUCAGUUGAGAUCAAUAUGGACAAAAGAGCAACAGAACCUAGUAAUAUACAUGGCAAUUUGAAGGACAAUAAAUGUGAAGAAACAAUCCAUGUGACCAAGAAGCUCCGGUGCUGACAGAAGCCAGAUCCCUACCUCAAACUAGAAAAGUUAAACAUCCCCCAGUCCAAACCAGGACUUCACAGAAGCAAACCACAAUUGAUGCAAUUCUUUUACUUAUAUUGCAACCACAUUUACUGACCUAGGCUUCCAUUCGAAUGUAGAGGAAGCGCUUAGGGAGGGUAGUCAGGAACCUUCCCAAUUCAUUCAUUCCUCAUUUGUAAAUGCAGUUCAGAUUGUAAAACAGUGUACAUGUAUUAAUCUCUCAAAAAUUUUCAAUUCAACAAAUAUGGUGGUACAUUAGGUUGCGACGUCACUGUGUCAACCUUCCACAAUUCAUCCAUUAAAUUGGUAGCUAGAGACAUGGACAACGUAAAGUAUACUAAGCUUGUGAUUUGCAGCAAGCACCAGCGAAGCAUUGAGAAA